AUGGGUUCGCCGAUUUCGGGAUUCAUCGCCGAGGCGGUCCUGCAACGGUUAGAGUCGCUGGUCUUCCAACACCACAGACUGAAAUUCUGGGCCCGGUAUGUGGAUGAUACCUUCGUCGUCAUCGAACGGGAUCAGGUGUUGACAUUCCAAGAACAUCUCAACGCCGUCUUCCCGGACAUUCAAUUUACGAUGGAGGAGGAAGAGAACAACCAGCUGGCCUUCCUGGAUGUCCUCGUAUGCCGCAAAGAUUGUGGUGGACUAAAGACCAAAGUGUUCAGGAAAGCGACAAAUACGAUGCAAGUACUGAACUUCAACAGUAACCACCCAAUCAGCCACAAACGCAGUUGUGUAAGGACACUCUAUGGGCGUGUCGAAACGCACUGCAGCGAGCCGAAAGACAGAAUUGCCGCACUACAAUACCUCCGACGGGUCUUCAAAGCCAAUGGCUACCCGCGCAACUUCGUCGAUCGGUGCAUACGCAAAAGGGACGAAAGGCCUAACCGCACGGACACCAAGUCUUGGCGGGCACUUCCGUAUGUCAAGAACGUUUCGGAAGCUGUCGGCCGCCUUCUCUCAUCACUUGGGUUUGGAGUGGCACACAGACCGGAGGCAACCAUCAGGCGUCUGAUCAUGAAACCGAAAGACCCACUGCCACGGCUAAAAACGUCUGGGGUCGUUAAUCGGAUCUGGUGCAGUUGCGGACAAAGCAACUACGUCGGAGAAACCGGAAGACAGCUCCGAAAGAGAAUGGCCGAACACGCGGCAGCAGUGCGCAGAAAUGACGCCAGCUCUCAAGUUGCGGCUCAUUUGACGAGAUCCGGUCACACAUUUAAAUUCUAUGAGGCCGAAAUUCUCGCGAGAGGUGACAACCGAGUGAGCCGGGAGCUACUGGAAUCAUGGUUUACCUCCCCCCAGUCCAUCAACAAGUGCAACGAUCUUCCCAUUCAAUACAGCGUGCUGAGACUUUGUCUAGGCGGAGUAAUUGGCCACGCGGGGAGGGCACUGGUGAACAUUCUUCCCAACACCCGGGUCAACGCGUCAGAUGGUCGAGCAAUCAUCACGCCAACAUCCAACGCACGUGAUGAAAUUGCUGCAAUUAUCGACUCGAAUGUCGGCCAUCAAGCAAUGAUCACACCAAGUGUGACAAUCCCGGAUGAAGGGGGAAGCCGUGAACUUUCAUAG